CGUGCCACCGCGAGGGCCUCUCUCACAAAACCCUCUCCAGUCUCUCUCAAUGCCCUAAAAUCCCUGCUCUCUCUCUCUCUCUCUCUCCCUGCGUCCUCUCAUUUGCAGGGGAUGCAUCUUCUUCUCUCUCUUAUCCGAUGCCACAGAAUUGGCAGCCCCCACACCAAAAUACCAUUUCUCUCUCUUCACCCAUCAACUAUCUCCAAGUGCUUUAUCUAUAUUUCAAGCUCUAAAUGAAGAUAGUUCUUUUUCAGAUUUAAAGAAAAAAGGAUUUUAAGAGGGAAUCAUACAAUAAGGAUCAAGUCUUGGUCACAGUAAUUCAAAAGAUUUGAAAAAUGUCAAGCAAGAAAGAGGAAAAGGCGCAGGUUGCUGCCGACCGUAUCAAGGCAGCAGCAUUGACUGCCGCCAAAGGGCUCAGCCGUGCUCAAGCUGAGCGAGCUGCCGCUGCUGCUGCAAGGAAUGUGAAUGCGUAUGGUCAGAAAGAGGAGGGCCCGAGUCGAUGGCAAGAGAGAAAAGAAGCGAAAAGGCAAAUGUACUUAAUGAGUACUGAAAAGGCCGUGAAAUUAGGAGAGAGGAAGGACCUCAAGGCCACCAUCUCUUUGGGGGCUUCCUCCUCUCAAUGCCAGAAGUGCUUCCAAGCAGGUCAUUGGACAUACGAAUGCAAGAACGAGCGUGUGUAUAUAUCACGUCCCUCAAGGACCCAACAACUCAAAAACCCUAAAUUGAAAAUGAGGCUCUCGGUUUCAUAUGAACUUGACAAUCCCGACAAUCCCUUACAUGGGUCAAACCCCAAAGUGGGUCAAUCUGAAAAUGGUGAUGGGAAGAGCAAAAAGAGAGGAAAGAAGACAAGGAGAAAGCAUGACUCAGAUAGUGAUAGUAAGAGUGAAGCCUCUGUGUUUUCCAGUGAUAGUGGGGUUUCUAGUGAGGAUGGUUCAGGUUCUGAUUAUUCAUCUGAUGCAAGUUCAAGUUACAGUUCUUCGGAGUCUGACUCUGAUGAUCGUCGGCGUUCUAAGAGGAAGAAAGAGAAAAUGAGGAAGAAGAGAAGGCAUCAUCGAAAGUACAAGAGCUCUACCGAUUCUACAGAUUCAGACUUCACUUCUGAUUCUGACUCUGAUUCUAAUGAUAGGCAAAGAAAGGGCAAGAGACAUAGCAAGAGGCGUUGAUUUGGUGGCCUUGGAUUCGUUGCAAUUUUACUCUUUUUGUAUGUCGCUCCUAGGUUCUUAUGAAGACGGUAUUUGUUAAGCAUGUUUUCCAUUUAUUAAUUGCUGACUAUGGAGCUUGUUGCAGUUGAUGGGUUUCUCUCUAGAGCCAAGGUAUUAAAUAGAUAUUUUGUGAAUACACAGAUGAUGAGCAUGUGUUCAUGGGAUGCUUUUUCUCUCUCUCUCUUUCUCUCUCUCUACCCGCACACACACUUGAACACAUGCUUUUUGUAUUAAUUCUAAAUGUGUUGUGAUUUAUGAAUAUCUAUUAAUGUAAUUGCCACUGGUUUUGUUUGAGA